AUGUCGGACAAUUACACUAGCGGAUCGUAUCGAAUGGAGUUACUGAAGGCAACCAAUUGGAUGCCAUGGAAGCGCCGUAUGCUUGCGGUAUUGGUUGACCUCAGACUGGAUGGUUACAUCACGGAAGGUGCAGCACCUCCAGGAUCAGCAGACCCCAAAACUCCCACCAGUGCUGAAGCUGCAGCAUUGAAGAAGUGGAAUGCCGGUGAUGUGAAGAAGCUCGAUCGCGAGAAUUUGGUCAAUGGCAUGACCAUCGAUCAAGCUUCUAUCCCAUCAAAGACUUGCGAAGCUUGUAUUCAAGCCAAGCAAACUCAUAAACCCUUUCCCAAGGAAGCGGAGAAUCAUUUGGAGACUCCGGGGGAGAGGAUAAUGAGUGAUUUGUGGGGACCAGCUGGUGUGAAGUCUAUUGGAGGAUUUAAAUAUUAUAUUUCCUUCACGGAUGACUGCACACGAUAUGGCCAUGUUCUAUUUUUAAAGGAGAAGUCGGAAGCCUAUGAUUGCAUCAUUCAGCAGGUCACCAAGAUAGAGCGCCAGUUUGGGAAAUAUCCCCAGUGGAUGCACUUCAAUAACGGCCGUGAAUUUGUCAAUACACGGGUAAAGGAAUGGGCAGCCUCUCACGGAAUAGAGUUAGAGCUUACAGCACCCUACUCGUCAUCACAGAAUGGGGUGGCUGAAAGGUUCAAUCGCACUCUAUUAAAUUUAGCUCGGGCAAUGCUUAUCGCAAAGAAUUUACCAUCGUUCUUGUGGGACGAGGCAGUUUCCCAUGCAAACUAUCUUUGCAAUCGCGCCCCGACACGGGCUCUUGAUGGCAAAACACCAUAUCAGGCAUGGUUCAGGAAGAAGCCUGAUGUGUCUCACUUGAGGGAAUUUGGAUGUGAUGUCUGGGUACUCGACAAAACCGAGAAUCUUUCAAAAUUGAAACCAAGAUCACGGAAAAUGAUCUUUGUGGGUUUCAAUGAUGGUUCUAAGUCCAUCCGCUAUUAUGAUCCCUCAAAACGAAAUAUCAAGUCAUCAAGAAAUGUUUCAUUCAAUGAGAAUGAAGAGCCACAUGAGCUAACUAUUACAGAAUUGCCCGGUUUGUGGUCUGAGGGGGAGCAAGGGAAGAUCUCGACAUCCUCGCAAACCAUUCCCCAAAAGGAAACCGCACAACAAGCGCCCAUCGAAGAAGCCGAGCCGCUCGCGGAAACUCCGGAAACACCUCAAGAGCCAGACUCUCGUCAACUCCGAGAGAGGAAGACACCAAUUGAUUACAAGAAGCUGGCAAAUCCGGACUCAAAGAAGCCUGCAGCAAGAUUGCGAGGGCAAGAACUCAGGUAUACUCCCACUCCCUCGCCUCCACCUGAUCCUACUCGUCACACGAAGGCGUCCCAAGCUCGGGCACGUGAGCGUGCACACUUUGCGCGAUCAGGAAGCUAUAGCACACAUCCCAAAGUGUCCGAUGAUAAAUUCGUCCGGGAAAUAAUUGAAGGGUACAUGUUUAUUAAUAGCCCUACAGAACCAGACAUCCCACGGACCGUGGACAAGGCCUUACAAAGCCCGGAGGCAUUCUAUUGGGAAGCAGCAAUGCAGGAAGAAUUAGCCACCAUCAAGAAGAUGAAUACAUGGGAGGAAACUGACCUACCGGAAGGAAGAACCGCAAUAGGAUCAAGAUGGGUUUUCGACAAGAAACACGACGAGCACGGGAAUGUCAUUAAAUACAAGGCUCGAAUAGUCGCACAGGGCUUCUCACAGAAGCCAGGGACCGAUUACAGCAAUGACGGCACGUUCGCACUGGUUAUGCGCUUUGAAACAUUGCGCACCGGACUCGGUCUCGCAGCAAUAAAUGGAUGGGAUCUCCGUCAAUUCGACGUGAAGGGAGCCUAUUUAAAUGGCUACCUCGAGGAGGAGAUUUAUAUGCGACAACCUCCAGGUUUUGACGACGGUACAGGCCGUGUCUGCCUGCUUAAACGAUCCCUCUAUGGCCUCAAACAAGCCGGAAAUGUUUGGAAUAAAGAAUUCGACCGAGCCAUGCAAGAUUUGGGAUUUAAUCGACUCAAAUCCGAUUCCUGCUGCUACCUGCGUCGCACGGGUGACGAUUUCGAGAUCCUACUCGUAUGGGUCGACGAUAUAUUGUCCAUAGCAAGUACAAGCGCCCGAAACGACAUUGUGGAGAAGGAUCUAGGCAAGCAUACCAUAUCCCUCUUCCAGACUGCCUACAUCGACUCCUUGCUCAAGAAAUGUGGUCUAGACGACUGCAACUCUGUUACGACGCCUCUAGACCCCAAUAUUCGUCUCGACGACAACUCAGAUGAAGAAACAAAGCCAGGAGUGAACCAGGACCAAGACGAGCGCUUAUCUGUCGGAUACGCGACGCUUAUAGGUUCUCUGAUAUAUCUGGCCAUUGGAACGCGUCCAGAUAUCGCAUACGCCGUCCAGAAGCUCGCCCAGUUCACUCAGAACCCCAAACCGAAGCACUGGACCGCUGUGAAGCGAAUAUUUCGCUACCUCAAAGGAACUCGUACCCAUGCACUUACUUACAGCGGGUCCGACGACUUUACUACCCCAGAACUCAAUAUUUAUUGCGACGCCGACUGGGGAAGCGACGCGAACCGUAAAUCAGUGAGUGGUUACGUUGUCACACUCGCUGGAGGCGCAGUUUCUUGGAGUUCCAAGAAACAAACCACGGUAGCACUCUCAACCGCGGAAGCGGAGUAUGUAGCUGCUACUCAUGCCGCAAAACAAGUCCUGUGGCACCGUUCUCUGUUCACAGAACUUGGAAUUGACUUACCAACGACCUCGACAAUCUUCUCGGACAACCAGGCCACCGUUUCUAUCACACACCACCCGGAAUUUCAUGCACGCACGAAGCACAUCAACAUCACGCUUCAUUUCCUCCGUGAUCUCGUACAGAAUGGCACGCUCAAUCUUGUGUACAUCAACACGUACGACAACUUAGCCGAUCUAUUCAUGAAAGGACUACCUAGAUCUAUACAUCAAGAUCUCUCUGCGGUCAACUGGCUCCUGGUCUUUCAUGCUUUUUCUGGGGAUGGGACACAGGGACCAUACAACCAAAUACCAAAGUCAAUUGACUUUUUUUCAGCAGCGCUGCGAAGUCCAGAUCGAUGGUUCCGUCAGAUGUUUCGCUUGAGUCGUGAUAUGUUUGACCGCCUGGUUUCAAUGCUAGCCCUCAACCCAAUUUUUGUAUCCAAGGGGAGGAAGCCACAGCGCCAUAUCAAGUAUCAACUUGGCUGCUUCCUCGUCCGUUAUGACGUGUUUCAAAGGCAUGCCGAAGUCAUUGCCAACGACAUCAAAAACAAAUCUGGCUUCCCCGGUUGUGUCGGGAGUGGUGAUGGGAGUCUCGUAAAGUUUACUGAGGAGCCCAUUGUCAAUGGUCAUGUAUAUCUCUCUCAGAAAAAGGCUUUUGGUACAAAUGUUCAGAUUACUGUUGACCAUGAAUGCAGAAUCACCUCCUACGAGCUGGGAUGGCCAGGUUCAGUGCCGGAUGUGCGGGUAUGGAAGAAUUCUUUCAUCUGGAAGCAUCGUCAUCAGCUGUUUAAGGAGGGCUACUAUAUUCUCGCUGAUAAAGGUUACCCUUCUUCUCCGUGGCUUGUCCGCCCUUUUGAUGAGACGGAGAUCUCAAAAGCAGCACCCGCCCUGAAAUCACGCAUGCGCCAGUUCAACAAACACCUAUCUUCUGUUCAGAUUGACAUUGAACAUGUCUUCGGAAUGCUCAAGGGGCGCUUUCCUUCACUCAAGGAAUUCGGGCAGCAUACUGACAUCCAGGAAUGCUAUAAAGCCAUUGAGGCUUUGAUGAUCAUCCACAAUCUCUGUGUCGAGUAUCACGACCAGCCUGAGGCUAUUUGGGAUUUUGAUUCACGUGAUGAUCCUUUACCCAUAGGUGUGGUAGAAGACACUGAAGACGAUGCUGACGAGGUGGUUGGCGAGGCCAUUGGUGUGCCCGCACAUAUCCCUGUGCAUGAGACCGAAAACUGGCUCAAGGUGGCUGGCCAGCAAAAGCACCAAUAUUUACUCGAUUUAUUGAUUCCAUAA